ACUAGUGGGAUCGCCACGCUAGGUUCUUGCAUUCCCGUCCCUCCCUGCACCGUCCAAUUCAACAGGGUAUCACGAAAAGAAAUGUCCAAGGAAUCAAACCUAGCUAACCCUUCUGGCAAGGAACUCAGUCGUUCUCUGAGUAACCUCGAGACGGCAAAGGACCAUGAGGUCCAACGCAGUCGUUUGCGCUCCAUUUUUAUCGUCAUCACUUGUACCGCUGCAAUGGUUGUUAAUAUAUCUAAUACUACCUCUGUCUCUAUUUCACUCCCAACGAUUGAGAAGGGGCUAGCUAUUGAGGAAGAGCAGCUUCAGUGGCUCGUAUCCGCGUAUUCUCUCAGUUCUGGUUGCCUGCUCCUGUUCUUCGGCAGAUUGGCGGAUCUUUAUGGACGAAAAAAGGCAUUUAUGCUUGGGACUCUUUGUCAAAUUGCCUUUUCUCUCGGUUGUGGCUUUGCACAAGAUGGUCUCACUCUCGCCGUCUUGCGUGGCUUCCAAGGUAUUGGAGCCUCCGCUACAAUACCAUCUGCACUCGGUAUCUUAGCACAUGCGUUCCCUCCAUCAAGAGCACGUUCAAUAGCAUUCGCUACCUUUGCAGCCGGUGCUCCUGUCGGCAGCGCAUUUGGCAUGAUCAUCGGCGGUGUUCUGACUCAACUUACCUUGCCACAUUGGCGCUCUGUAUUUUACAUGGCCGCGGCAACUUCAGCUGUAAUUGGAAUUUCUGGUCUGAUUUCGUUCGAUGCCGACGUUCCCUCAGCGGAAGUUGUCAAACGUGUCGACUGGAUUGGCGCUUCCCUUGUCACAGUUGGCUUGGUUUUGAUUGUAUUCGUACUUGCUCAAGGAGAUAUUGCUACGGAUGGCUGGAAAACCCCAUAUAUCCUCGUGCUCCUUAUUAUCGGAGUCAUCUUGCUUGCGCUAUUCCUGGUUUGGGAGUGGAAGCUGGAACAAAUCAUUGACGAUGAUCCAUCAAGAGCGACGUCUUUCUGGACACCGCCACCACUCAUGAGGCUCUCGCUCUGGACUCGGGCAAAGGGACGCAUGGCCGUUGUCCUGGUUAUAGCAUUCUUAAAUUGGAGUGCCUUCAUUAGCUGGAGCUUCUGGGUUCAGUUGUAUUAUCAGAACUACCUGCUAUUGACGCCGGUCGACACCAUGAUCCGAUUCAUUCCCAUGUUCAUUGUCGGCUGUUUAUGUAACUUUUUCGUGGCGAUGGUCGUUGCGAAAUUGCCCUUAGUUAUCUUCGUAGUCAGCGGAACGCUCCUGACAGCAACGGCCGCCAUCCUGUUUGCCCUAAUUGACCCGUCUGUAACAUACUGGGCCUUUAGUUUCCCGUCCACGGUUCUUAUCGUGUUCGGCGCUGAUUUCGUAUACUCCUCCGGUACAAUUUUCAUUGCCAAAACCUCGCUCCCACAUGAACACAGCGUAGCUGGAGCGCUAUUUCAAACUAUGACACAGAUCGGCACUGCAUUCGGUCUAGCUAUAUCCACAAUUGUGUUCAACACUGUAGUCGAUACGGAAUCUGCGAAGCUCGGUGUCAUUGAUGCGCAAUGGACCUCCGCUGCGUUUGCCCUUAUGGCCGCGCUGCUGGCAGCGCUUUUCCUCCGCAGUGUUGGUAUCGCUGCCCAUGCUGCGGCUGACGACACUGGGAUACCCUGAUAUGUCCAACUAAGCAAGACAUCAAUGUUCGAACGGACGUUACUUAUGCUGCAUCAUGAACUCGUAUAUGCCCCCCCCCCCUUUGCAUUUAUUCAAUCACACUUCACGUUGCAGAAUCCACAGGAACCCACCAAUCCAAAUUCAACAUUGUUACCAUUAAUCGUACCCACGCAUACCGUCGUUGCAUUGCAUGUUUUUCGUUUCGGUCGUACGCCUGCAGAAACCCG